AUGAAUUCGGGUGAGGGGGAGCAUCUCCUGACCCUCGAAGAAGUCGACAGGACUUCGAAGAACCGCUGGGUGGCCCUGGGGCUCUUCUGCGCGUUGAACUGCACCCAGUGCUAUGUGUGGAACACCUGGGGACCCAUCGCCGAGACCGUGAUGAGGGCUUUCCCGUCCUGGCACAAGAGCUCCGUCGCACUUCUGUCGGACUGGGGGUGCAUCACGUAUUUGACUUGUUGUCUGCCCAUUUGCUGGGUUUUGAAUACAUCGCUUUUAGCCGCCCCAAUAAAAAUAGCCGCAGUUCUAUCGACACUCGCGACCUUCAUCCGAUGCAUUUCCUCACAAGAAUCGAUCUUCACCACAACUGCGCACUUGGCGGCGAUUCUCAACGGUCUCUCUGGGGUGAUCAUCGGGCCUUCGACGGCGCUCAUUUCCGCCGUGUACUUUCCCACUGGGGAGAGAACCACCGCCACCGGAAUUUCCGCGGCAUUCAACCAAUUCGGAAUGGCACUUUCGUAUCUCCUGGGGCCUGCGGUCGUCAGUAAAACCGAAGAUUUUCAUUCUAAUUCGACGGUUGACGGUGCAACUCUCAGGGUGCAGAUCAUGUCUCUCAUGCGCAUUGAAUUCGUCACACAACUGCUUGUAUCAGUGGGAAUUCUCUGUUUCUUCCCAAACGAAGAAGACAGCUCAGCUGGUAAUGCAGAAUCACAAAAACUGGGAGUUUUCGAGUCGCUGGAGAGACUCGUCAGGCACAAAAGUAUGUGGUGCCUGUGUCUGGCUGCAGCACUCAGUCAAGGAGGCACUGGACCCUGGCUGGCUAUGAUCACUAUAGCCUUUGGGAAUAUCAUAUCUCAAAGCGAGGCGGACAAGUUGGCCUUUUGGACGGUAGUGGGCAGUAGCAUUCUCAGUCUGGUCAUCUCCCGAAUUAUGGACAUCUUCCAGGGCCACUUGAAGCUCGCGAUUUACACCCUCCUCAUGACCUCCUCAGCCAUGUUCCUGUGGGUGAUUCUCCUGGACUACAAGAUCCUCGUCUUCCAUAAGAACGAAUUGUACGCCGCGGUUAUACUCGGCAUCUCCCUGAGCUGGUCCUCUCCCGCGUUAUUCCUCGAGCUCGCCUCCGAGAUCGCGCACCCCGUUUCGGAGGCCAUCGUCGGAGGGUACAUGAUCUUUCUGUCGAAUAUCAUCGGGACUUUGUUCUAUCUUUCGUAUUUCGUGCCUGGAUUAGGUGACAAAUGGUCGAGUUGCAUUGUUCUCGGGAAUUUAACCUUAGCCACAGUGCUAGUUGCCUACGUAAAAGACGAAUAUAAUCGUUCAAAGUUCGAGUGA